CUCCUCCUUCUCCUCCUCUUCAAACUACAACAUGCCGAAUUUACAUUAUGUCGAUUAUAAUCGCAAAUAUACGGCCCAGGAAACAAUACAGAUCUACACCGAUUGGGCCAAUUACUAUUUGGAACGCAGUAAAUCGAAAAAGAAGGUUACUGAUCUCUCUUCAGACUGUAGAGAUGGUCUGCUAUUGGCUGAAGUCAUAGAGGCAGUAACCUCUUUUAAGGUGCCCGAUCUGCAUAAGAAACCUAAAAAUCAACAACAAAUGUACGACAACGUUAAUUCCUGCCUAAAUGUCUUACGCUCUCAAACGGUUUCUGGCUUAGAUAACAUCACCACCAACGACAUCUGUUGCGGUCGUCUUAAAGCAGUUUUAGCUCUUUUCUUCGCCUUAAGUCGUUACAAACAACAAUCGAAACAAAGUAAAUGUAAUAACGCCACUUCCGCUCUUUCCAUUAAAGCUGAAAUACACCAACAACCCACGAACACAACCACCAAUACAAAAAACUCUACAGGGGUGAAUAACUCCAGUACAGCAACAAGUGUUGGUGAAAAAACCAAUUCAGCAAAUUCAACUUCUACCAUACAGAAUGCUAAUGUAGUGGUGGGUAGUAAUGCUCAGCAACAGCAACAACAGCAGCAGCAACAGCAACAACACGUGCAAUCAAUACAAAACGGCAAUGACACCAUGGUGAAUAGAAAAUUUCAGCUAGAGGACAAGUCUAUACCAAGCACAACAAUAAAAGAUCAUCCUGGCGUUUUGGUCUUAAAAAGCGUGACUAAGCUUUUUAGUCGCAAGUCAUCCAUCCCUGGUUUAGGCAAAAGUGGCAGUGAGUUCAAUAGCAGCCGUCCCAAUAGUCCACCCUCCAGCAACCACAGUGUACAAAGUUUAAAAAGUGGCAACAAUAAUGGACUACGACCGCCUAGUAUUAAGUCGGGCAUACCGGCUCCAGGAACCACCAUUACACCCACCGCUAAUGGCCAGCAGAAGCACUCUAUGUUGGAUAAACUCAAGCUGUUUAAUAAGGAGAAAUCGUCUCAACAGCAGCAGCAACAACAAACCACCUUAAACCAAACCAAUAAAAAUCAAAUGCAAUCGAAAAGAACCUCCUCUUCAUCGGGUUUCUCAUCGGCUAGAUCAGAAAGAUCUGAUUCCAGCUUGAGUCUUAAUGAUGGUCAUAUAUCGCAAAUCAAACCACCAACGGUUUCGCUCACAUCAGCCAGUAACAAGCGGGCGGAAACGAAAGUUAAGCAGACCAGUCUGCUAAAGCAACAAACCAAAAAGGAACAAGUGAAAAAUUCCAGUAAAUUAGAUAAAAAAGAAAAAAGUCCCGCACGAUCUUUGCACAAAGAAGAAUCAGGUAUGGAGAGUAGAUCUUCCACCUUGAAUAGAAGUAAAAAUUCUUUAUCGCGCACAGGAUUAAGCAAUGAUAAAUCAAAGACUUCUAGUAGAACUUCUUUGAAUAAUAAAUCAGAAUCGAAGACAUCAUUAAUAAUGCCUCCGUCUAAGGCCUUAAAUAGUCCCAAUGGUACUGCUCUACCCAAACCUAUAGCGGCCAUUAAGGGCACGAGUAAACUGCAAACAGCAGCUGACAAUAAAACUCGCCUCACCAAUUCCAACUCGUCACAGGACAUUAUGAUGAAAAGAGAAAAGAGUGACAUAUCAAACGCACAACAGCAACAUCAUCAUCACAUAUCGAAUCAUGCAGCAACUGCAGCAAGCAAUUUACAGCAACAACAACAGCAACCACCACCUACACAUAUCGUUAAACCUGUCAACAUAAUGCAGGAAACACAAACACAUAAACCUCCCUACUAUGCCAAUACAACACAACAGCAGCAACAUUUAAUGCAGCAGCAACAACAACAUUCAACACCUAUACAAGAGCCUACCUACAGUCGAUUGCCUCCUCCUAAAACGGGUUUAGGCACUCCUUCUUCUGUACGAAAAUUGGAAUAUAAUUCCGGCCCCGGCGUAUUACAGCCUCAACAGCAUUCACCUCUUAGAACACUAAAUGCACCAGCUGCUACACAUUCCCAACCGGUUACGCCCACUACACAACCGCCCUCUGCGCUCAACAAUACAGCAGCUAAUAAAUUCCACACCAUACCCUCGAAAAUAGUGGGUACAAUUUAUGAGGAAGAUAAACCAGUUAAUGUACAACCUAUGCGUCCUCUAUUAAGGGGCUAUAAUUCGCAUGUUACCCUGCCCACACGAGGCUCGAGAGGCACUCAUCACUAUGUCGCUGAUUUUUGUGAGAAUGACAUCAAUCAAGGCUAUUGUAGUGAUGGUGAUUCUUUAAGAUUUAGCACCUCACGCAUGGGUGGCCAUCAGUCGCCCUUGCAGGGUUCCCCACGUUUUCAUGACAUCGAUAAUGGUUAUUUAUCAGAAGGUAGCAGUGGCAUUGGCCUACAACAGAAUGGUCAUGGUAAACAUUUCUUAAGUAUGAUGCGUGCUCGUACUCAAUUGCCAACGACCAUUGAAGAAAGAAUACGCAAUAGUCGCGGCAGCUUAGACAGCAUAGGCACAGCAGCCGCCUCUUCGGCAGCUUCUCAAGCCAGUUCUAGCGGCGGUUCUAAUCCCAAAAUGGACAUGGCCAAUGGUCUUAAUGGUUCGGGCAAUAAUAGUGCCAGCAAUAGUCCUCAACAUCAUCACAGCAGUCCCAGUCAUCAUCGCUCUUCAUCGCGAACUGGUCGUGACAAUUGGUCUAAAAUGCCAGAACCUCUUAAUGGUCAGAAAUCAGAGCACAAGGAGAAAUCUUCACCCUCACGUCGCAGCUUAAGUGGUACAAAUUCUAAACAGGGUUCACCCUCCUCCAGUCGUACCAAAGGCGUGCCACCAAGUUUUGGUUAUGUUAAACGUUCGAAUGGUUGUAAUACUGCCACUGCAGAGCAGCAAAACAUUGCCAUGAUGAUGAACUCGAACAGUGGCGGUAGUAGUCCUCAGAAUGGUCGUACUGCUCAUGUAUCAGCAGUGCCAAGGACUUCGGCAGGUGGACGUAAGGUUCAGGGUGGUACACAGACCUUACCGCAUGAAGUAACAAAAAUGCCUCCGAAUCCCCAACAUCGCAGCUAUUCUUUGACGGGACCAGGUGCUACUCAACUGAGCCAGUGUAUAAGAGAACGUUUGGCGGGUUCACAUAGUCUACCCAAACCGGGUUCAGAUAUGCACAUGUUUCAACAUAGACUAUCCAAUCGUCCUGGCAAAAUGCUUGACGGCUCUCUAUCCGACACCCAAACUUAUGCUGAGGUCAAACCUGAAUACAGCAGUUAUGCCAUGUGGUUAAAGCACAGCAAUACCGCCGGCAGUCGUCUAUCCGAGGGUGAUUCUAUGGAGAAUAUGCAAAUGGGCGGUUCACCCUCCAUGUCUAGGCACAAUCAUAAAAUGAUGCAACAUCGUGCUGCAGUAGCUGCUGCUAAUGCUGCGGCCGCUAAUACGAAUGCUAUGGCAGGAACUGAAUCUCCCUAUGUACAGAGUCCUCGUUUAAAUCGCAGCAAUAGCAUAAGAUCUACAAAAUCUGAAAAAAUGUAUCCUUCUAUGUUGUCCAGGGGACCAGAGGUGGAAAUUGAACCCUACUAUUGUCUACCAGUGGGUGCUCAACAUAAUGGUGUUUUAUCUGCUCAAAUGGCUGCGGCAGCUGCCAAUGCUCAAGCCAAUAAUCACAAUCAACAAACUAACUCUAUUGCCUGGAGUCAACCCACCUCUCCCACACCAAUUACUCGUGGCUUUAGUGGUCCUAUGUCUCCCACCCACGCCAAUACCAUGCCGGGUAUGCAGGGUGUCCAGCAGGCAUCAACAGCCUCGCAUCGUUUAACCUAUCCUAAGAAAAAUGAUGAGGUUCAUGGCAGUACUGCUUCUCUGUUGUCGGGUGGCAGUUCUUUGUAUGGCACUUCGGAGGAAAGACAAGCUCAAGAAAUACGUCGUCUUAAAAGGGAAUUAAUGGAAGCAAGGGAACAGGUGUUAAGUCUAAGCGGUCAACUGUCAACAAAUGUAAGUUAUCAUAUCAUUCUCAUGUAGAAAAAUUAUCCUGUGGUAUGUAAACAUUAUAAACUUUUAUUCCUUGAGACAAAAAAAAAACACAAAACAGAACUCUAUUUAAAAGAAAACUCAAGUAAUAGAACCCUUUUAUAUAAAUAAAUCAUAAUAGCAGGACAUUAACUCUAUAUGACAUUGGCGCCAAGGAUAUAAGUAACAAAAUAGACAAGAACAGCCAUCAAAAUAGUGUUAGUUUAGAAUACAACAAAAACCUAUGAUUAUCUAAAAAGUUAUUGUCAAGGUUUGUGGCAAGAAGUAAGAGCGAAAACAACAACUUUUCAACUCUGCUCCAAUGACUUUUUGGCUUAAAAAAAUCAAACAAACUUCCCAACAAAUUUAAACUGCGGACGCCUAAAAGUCUGCAAAUCUUCUAUAGCUAGACACAUAAUAACAGAAAUUGAAAACUCACCCUCUUCCUUUAUAUAUAAUCAAAAAUACAAAAUUAUCAUAUUUGCACAUAAAAUCAGUCAUAUAUUCAUAAAAUUCCUAUACAAUUUAUAAAUAUAUAUCGUUUUUGUUUUUCUUUGCAAAAAAUCAACAACAACAACAUAAUGUCCUGUUUAUUUUGAUCCUAUCCAUAUGAGUCUGCGAUAUAUUUUUGAAAUGUUUGCAAAUAACUCUAUUGUUAUAUUUUAGUGGAGUUGGUAGAAAGUGGGGGGGGGGGAGAAAAACAAGACAUUUUCUGUUCAAUUUUAAUGUCGUUAUAUAAUUGGCGCCAAACAGGCGCCAAUAGUUUUGGCAAAUAGUACAGAGAAGAUGGCAUCAAAAGCGUAAAAAAAACAACGUUAAAAUAAAAAUGUUAUUGACUUUUUUUGGGAAGCUGUCUCUGUGUUGGCUUAACUCAAAUUCAGUUCCGCAGUAGCUUUUGACGUGUAAAGGUUGCGAGAGACAAUGAAAAGAAAGAAAUAGUUGUGAAAAAAUGGUGUGGUUUUUAUUUAAACAAAUUGAAAAUGUUAAUUACAAAGGGAGGAAAAGUAAUUAUUUAAAAAAAAAUGCUAGAAAAAGUUGUAACAGGAACUGGCAGGACUUUUUAAGGAAUUUCU